UUAUAUACGGAGGAGGAGGAGGAGGAUAUAUAGAGAAGGAGAUCAGGUGUUCCGUUAUUUCCGAAGCGCUGUACGCCACCGCCGCCGUCCCGUAAACCUUUGCACUAAUAUGGGGGGUGAUUGUGAUGUGUCUAUGCCUAUUAGCAAAUUUGGGGAAGAGGAUUUGUUGGUCCUAAGCGAUGAUAAACAAACUGAAACUGAAACUGAAACUGAAGCGUGUGUGGGUGUGGGGGAGUUGAAUGACAUAACCACUCAAAACGAUUUGAGUGAAGAGGAGAGCCUUGAGGUGAAUACCGACAUUGACUGGAAUCAUGAGUUCCCUCCCCUUGUUACUCCAAAUACUAUCAAAGUUCUCUCUGUGGAAGAUCCAAGCACUUCAACUUGGGUGGAUGCACUCAAAAAACCAUGCUGUCCCAAGCUAAAUGGACACAAAUCUAAUGUCAAUGGAGACCAAUAUUGUGACUCUGAUUCACAGCUCAAACCGAAAUCUAUUGAUGAGCAUGAGCUUGCCUCCAGCUUCUUUUCAAUCAACAUUCCAAAUUUUCAUGACAAAUUUCUCAACGAACAAAUCAGUCUUGCAGAGUUACGGGAAGCCGUUGAACAAGAGAUGUUCGCGGUCGCGGAGGAGUAUUUGAAGACUCCAAACAAAGCCCUCAAAGCUAGUGGCUUGAAAGUUGAGAGUGUUGCAGUAGUAACACCAAAGCACAGUAAUGGUGAUUUGAACGAAGAUGUAAGUGUCGACAAGGUAGAAGAAAUGGAGGGAAAAGAGCAGAAAGUUGAAAUGGGGGAAGAAGAAAAAAGAGAGAAGAAAAGGCAGAAAAGAUUAGAUUGAGGGAAACAAAGAGGGCUGCCGCAGUUGCUAACCAAGAGUUCAACAAAGAGGCCUCAUCAUCUCUAGAGCUAAAGCAAGAAAUGAGGACCAAAAGAAGAUAGAAACAGCCGAGAACCAGAGCAAACCUUCUUCUUCUUCACUCAAGCUUGUGGAAGAUCAAGAUGAAAUAGAAACACUUGAGUACCAAAGCGAACCUCCUUCUUCUUCGCUCAACAAGCAGCAACAAAUUUCCAUGCUCAAAGAAGCAUCAA